AUGGCCAUGGCGGGGUUGCAACACCAGGGCGGCAGCAUGAGCACGAGCAGCAGCGGCAGUGAGAGCAAGACGAUGAAGGAGAGGCAUGCGUCGGCGGCGCUCGAGGAGCUGCGCGCCAUCGUGCAGGCGUGCGCGACCAUGCUCAACAGGAAGCCGUCAUCGCUGAAGCGCGCGUUCGAGCGGCGGCACCCGCAGCUGGCGGGGGAGGCGGACAGCGCGCUGUACGCCACCCACCUGCUGCUCUUCGCGCUCCACCGCGCCCUCCGCGCCUGCACCCUGCGCACCGCCCUCGCCGCUUCCAAGGUCCCCUUCCCUCCCCUCUGUCCCCUCUGCGCCAUCACCGUGCCACUGGACCAGCUGCUGUACCGCAGCAUAACCACCUUCGCCACUCUGCACCGCAUGCACCUCGAGGCCCAGCAGCAGCAGCAGCGCGCGCGACGGCAGGCGUUCAGCAAGGGCGCGGGGGCCAGCAGGGGAGCGCCGCCCAGGCCGCCGUCCAUGGGGCACGAGCAGGUAGGUGCUGGCGGGCAGGGAUGUGGGGGGCAGUAG